AUGGUUCAGUUCCAGCUUCUACCAUUUUUCCUGACCAUCGGUCUCGUCUGUGGUACAUUCACAGUCCAGGACCCUAGCGACUUUCAAGAUCUUAGUCAGGAUGCCAGCGACAACUCUAUCCUCGCCGACUACAACAUCACACCCGUCAUGUACCAAGAAAACCCCAUUCAAGGCGCAUAUUACUAUAGUGAUGUAGAAAAAGUUCUUUCCCAUCAAACAUUCCAAGAAACUUCCAACGACACCAGCGUCAUUGUUGUGACUGAACGAUCUGAAGUCAAUGUCUCCUAUUCCACCAUAAUCAAGCACGGAUACGCGUCCAACCUCUAUCAGUCAAGCUUUUAUGGGACCAACGCUGCCGUCAAUGUCGCAAAUGCAUCCGUUGCCCAUUUGCACAACGUGAACAUCACAACACAUAAUGGUGCGGCAAACGUGUAUGCGUAUGGGACCGACACCUACGUAUAUGUGGAACAUUCCACUCUUUACAGUUCCGGUCCUAUUGCACACGGUCUCUAUGCGAGUGGGAAUGGAACAGUUGUUGGCCGCAAUGUCAAACAUUACUCCGGUGGAAACCGUGCUUCCUCCUUUGCUGGUGAUAACCCUGCUGGCUAUAUCUAUGUCUACGACUCCGAGGCGCAUACGGCGGGUGUCGGUAGCGCUAUUUUCUAUGCCCUGGGUACAAUCUACGGCCAGAAUAUCGUUGGUGUUGCGGAUAACUCGCCUGCACUUUUCUCAGAUGGCGUCCAGACUGUCAAUCUCGUGGAUGUUGAUCUAACAGGAGGUCUGCUCGGUGGUAUCGUCAUGUUUAGCUCCUCAGAACGCCAGUCAGGUGCUUCUAUCAAUUUUACCAACUCGGUUCUCACGGCUUUGCCAAAGACCGCGCCUACUUUGUGGUUCGGUAAUAUUAUUGCCAACUCGCAUCUCGUCAGCACGCAGCUCAAGGCCUCUUCGGGGGUGCUCGUCGUUGCUAACUACUCUCAAGUCACCCAAGCAUUUGAUUMCUAUGCCGGUUAUCCCGACAACAAUGAUCUCCUUCCUGCUGAAGUAACUAUCGUCGUGGAGCAGUCCCGCUUAGCUGGAGAUCUUGUGGCUUACAACAAAAGCAGCAUCUCUUGGUCGUUGACUGAUUACUCCUCCUGGGAUGGUGCCGCGUAUAGCGGCUACGGUGAAAGCUAUUUUGCUGUCUCGCUCGACCACACUUCCAACUGGACCCUAACUCGGGAAACAUAUCUAACGAACUUCACCGACGCGGACGAGACUUUGGCUAACGUGUUUAGCCAGGGUCAUAACUUGUACUAUGAUGUCAACUCUUCCGCAAAUGAAUGGUUGCAUAAAAAGACUGCUGUUCUGAAUGGAGGUGGAAAGCUGAUCCCUGCAAACCAUGGAGCGGUCAGUAUAUGA